AGCUCGACCAGUGAGCAGGCGAGGAAGGGGCGGGAGCCGGGGUCCCGGCAGCUUCUAGUAGGUUCCAGAAGGCGGCGCGUGCGGUUGGGAACACUGAGCGGACGGGUUCGAUUCAACGGGGUUCCGGGCCGGGCUAUGGAGCAGGUAAACGAGCUGAAGGAGAAGGGCAACAAGGCCCUGAGCGCCGGGAACAUAGAUGACGCGCUGCAGUGCUACUCGGAGGCCAUCCGGCUGGACCCGCACAACCACGUGCUCUACAGCAACCGCUCGGCGGCCUACGCCAAGAGAGGAGACUACCAGAAGGCCUACGAGGACGGCUGCAAGACCGUGGACUUGAAGCCUGACUGGGGCAAGGGCUAUUCGCGAAAAGCAGCUGCUCUCGAGUUCUUGAACCGUUUUGAGGAGGCCAAGCGAACCUAUGAGGAAGGUUUAAAACAUGAGGCGAGUAACGCCCAGCUCAAAGAGGGUUUACAGAACAUGGAGGCCCGGUUGGCAGAGAGGAAAUUCAUGAACCCUUUCAACAUGCCCAAUCUGUACCAGAAGUUGGAGGGUGAUCCCAGGACAAGGGCACUACUCAGUGACCCUUCCUACCGGGAGUUGAUCGAGCAGCUCCGGAACAAGCCAUCUGAUCUGGGCACGAAGCUGCAAGAUCCGCGGAUCAUGGCCACACUCAGUGUCCUCCUCGGGGUCGACCUGGGCAGUAUGGAUGAAGAGGAGGAGGUCGUGGCACCCCCACCACCACCACCUCCCAAAAAGGAGACCAAACCGGAGCCGAUGGAAGAAGAUCUUCCAGAGAAUAAGAAGCAGGCGCUGAAGGAAAAAGAGUUGGGGAAUGAUGCCUACAAGAAGAAAGACUUUGACACAGCCUUGAAGCAUUACGACAGAGCCAAGGCUCUUGACCCCACCAACAUGACCUACAUUACCAAUCAAGCAGCCGUGUACUUUGAAAAGGGGGACUACAACAAGUGCCGGGAGCUUUGUGAGAAGGCCAUCGAGGUGGGGCGGGAGAACCGGGAAGACUACCGACAGAUUGCCAAAGCUUACGCUCGAAUCGGCAACUCCUACUUCAAAGAAGAGGCGUACAAAGACGCCAUCCAUUUCUAUAACAAGUCCCUGGCCGAGCACCGGACCCCAGAUGUGCUCAAGAGGUGCCAGCAGGCUGAGAAGAUUCUGAAGGAGCAAGAGCGGCUGGCCUACAUAAACCCCGACUUGGCCUUGGAGGAGAAGAACAAAGGCAACGAGUGUUUCCAGAAAGGGGACUACCCGCAGGCCAUGAAGCAUUAUACAGAAGCCAUCAAGCGGAACCCCCGAGAUGCCAAGCUGUACAGCAAUCGGGCUGCUUGUUACACCAAACUCCUGGAGUUUCAGCUGGCCCUCAAGGACUGUGAGGAGUGUAUCCAGCUGGAGCCAACUUUCAUCAAGGGUUACACGCGGAAGGCGGCUGCCCUAGAAGCCAUGAAGGACUACACGAAAGCCAUGGAUGUCUACCAGAAGGCACUCGACCUGGACUCCAGCUGCAAGGAGGCGGUGGACGGUUACCAGCGCUGCAUGAUGGCCCAGUACAACCGGCACGACAGCCCUGAGGACGUGAAGCGACGGGCCAUGGCCGACCCCGAGGUGCAGCAGAUCAUGAGUGACCCGGCCAUGCGGCUCAUCCUGGAGCAGAUGCAGAAGGACCCCCAGGCGCUCAGCGAACACUUGAAGAACCCAGUGAUAGCACAGAAGAUCCAGAAGCUCAUGGACGUGGGUCUGAUAGCGAUUCGGUGAUGACGCGCCCGGCCCCUUCCCUCCGCCCCACGCGGAAAGAAGAGCUGGGGCCGUGCUGGGCAGGAGGGGGC